AACUCCCAGUCUCCUUCGCACCUACCAGUUCUUGCGAUCUUCAAAGUAGUGUGAAAAAGUAUAAUGAAGCGAAGCCAUGGCGGCCUGCAAGUAGAGAUUAAAGUGCCCAGUUGAUUCUUCCACUCUGGUCCCAUCGUGACAACUGCGAAACCUUCGCCGACCCCUUUCUUUUUCAUUCACCUUCAAUUCGCUGCAAUUCCACUCUCGCCUUGCUCUUCUUCCAUGGGUUUGAAGCAUUCCUAUGGCAUUUGAUAAGCUUCACCUCCCGUUUUCUCUUCCUCCAUUAAUGUCUUACUUCAUGCUCUCUGCUUCCUAGAAUCCCCCCUUUAGGUUUUCAUUUCCAUUUCCACGCUUUUUCUGGUUUUUUUUUUUUUUUGUUGUUGUUGUAAAGAUUCAGUUUUGGGGAACGUGCUGCAUCUCCUCCACAUCCGCAUUGCGGUUUCUUGUAGUGGAGGCUGAAGUUGUGUUGAGGUAGGAGCGACGACAACAAUGUCGGGCUACGAUCUGUCGAAGAAAACAGUCAUCUUUGGGCUCCAUCUGUGGGCGGUGGUGGGCAUCUGCAUCGGCGUCGCCUUCGUCCUCCUCCUCUUCCUAAUCUCCCUCUGGAUCUCCUACAAGCGCAGCAGUAGCUCAUCCCGGAAGCAUAUCGUCCCUAAGGUCUCCAAGGGGGCCCGAGAAGUGCAGGCCGGGUCGGCGCUUGCCCUUUUGCUUUCCUCCGAGGCCGAGCCCUCUCCGCCUCCCACCAAGCAGCGGGAGGAGGAGUCCCCAAUUGCUCUCCAGUGGAUUCACGUGGAGACCGGUAAGGAGCACCGCAUCACCUACCCAGACCGCGGCGGUAGCGGGUCGUCGCAUGGGAGUGGGGAGAGUCGGUCUGUGGACCAGCCGCCGGCCUCCGUGCCGGAGGUGUCGCACUUGGGUUGGGGGCAUUGGUACACCUUGAGGGAGCUCGAGCUUGCCACCGACAGCUUCUCCGACGAGAACGUCAUCGGCGAAGGUGGAUACGGUAUCGUCUAUCACGGGGCCUUGGAGGAUGGCACUCAAAUUGCAGUCAAGAACUUAUUGAACAACAGAGGCCAAGCGGAGAUGGAAUUUAAGGUUGAAGUUGAAGCAAUAGGACGAGUUCGUCACAAGAAUUUAGUGAGAUUGCUAGGGUAUUGUGCAGAAGGAGAACAUAGAAUGCUUGUCUAUGAGUAUAUAGAUAACGGGAAUCUAGAACAGUGGCUUCAUGGUGAUGUUGGCCGUUCCAGUCCGCUUACUUGGGAUAUUCGAAUGAAUACUAUAAUCGGUACAGCAAAAGGAUUACUCUACUUGCACGAAGGACUAGAGCCAAAGGUGGUUCACAGAGAUAUUAAAUCGAGCAACAUACUUCUUGAUAAACAGUGGACUCCCAAGGUUUCAGAUUUCGGACUUGCCAAGCUAUUGGGCUCAGGGAGGACCUAUGUUACAACACGAGUAAUGGGAACAUUUGGGUUCGUGAAUACUGUCUAUUGCAACUUAUUGUUUCAUGAUAGCACUGGUAUGCUAAAUGACAUUAGCUUGUUUCUUCUCUCUAGUUAUGUGGCUCCUGAAUAUGCUAGCACUGGUAUGCUAAAUGAGUCGAGUGAUGUCUAUAGUUUUGGUAUUUUUAUCAUGGAGGUAAUAUCGGGUCGAACACCGGUUGACUACAGCAGACCUCCAGGAGAGGUUAAUUUGGUAGAUUGGCUUAAGACAAUGGUGAGUAAUCGAAACUCUGAAGGUGUCUUAGAUCCAAAGAUCCCUGAGAAACCCUCAUCAAGAGCAUUAAAAAGAACACUUUUAGUUGCACUGCGAUGCGUUGAUCCUGAUUCACGCAAGAGGCCAAAGAUGGGACAUGUUAUACACAUGCUCGAAGUCGAUGACUUCCCUUAUCGAGAUGAACGACGCGGAGGAAAAGACCCAAGACAGCCAUGCCAUGGCAGCUCGGAAGAUAGUAGAAAACCAAUAACAGAGCAGCAUGCGACAACUGAAACUAGUGAUAAUAUUGUUGGAGCAUGUGGAUUAGCAAAAAGUUGAGCUGGAAGGAAACUACAAUAUCAGAUGAAUAUUCAUCUUGAAACCAAGAAACAUUUCAGACUUUUGCAAUAGAAUAUGCCUACAAAAAAGCACAAAAAAAACUUAGUGUGUAAAUGAUGUUCUGUGCUAGUUUACUUGUACAAAAUUCUGUAUAUUGUUGUGUUAUGUGAUUGCUCCUGCGGGCACAUUUUGCUUGAUGAACUGGCUCGUAUGUACACUUCAUUUGUAUCAUGGCAUUGGUGAAUACGAGCCAUUAUAAUUUAUCUUGCAUCUUUUA